AUGGAGUACAUCAACGGGCAGGGUCUUGACAAAUUCUUGCGUGGUCACGAGGUUAGCCAAGAUUGGCGACGACAUGGCCCAACUUAUCGAAUCUGGUCGGGGUUUGUCCCAGAAAUUGUCCUCACCAGACCAGAAGACGUCAAGUCUUUCUAUGUCGACUCUGCAGUCCACACCAAAUGCACAUCAAGCAAUGGCGGAUGGCUAUUUCACCAGCUCCUUGGAAACUGUAUGGGCCUCAUCAACGGUGAAAGAUGGAAGAGAACACGCCUUGAGUUCAAUAGCUAUUUCAUCAAUCGCGCAAUCGCAGAAUUUUCUCCCCAGAUGGAACAAGACGCCGCAAAAUAUACGCAGAAUCUUACAGAGGGAAGUGGCCACGGCGUCGAUUUGAUACAUGCAGGCAACAUAAGUCGAUUUCCUUUCAUGACUACGGCGGAGCACAUCUACGGACCUAUGACGGAGAAAGAAAAAGAGAACCUCUGGUUGCUAGGCCAAAGGAGUCUCAGAUUGAUGGGUAAAGUACUGUCUGGUGGUGUUUACAGGUUCAAGGUCUCUCAAUUCUUAAGACCAGGGACACACCAAAACUUGAAGAAAUUCGACGAUGAAUGGACCGCUUUCAACGAGCAAGUAUACAAUGCACGGAAAGGCCGCGGCCAAGAGCCUCCUUUUGUACACAUUUGGGAGAGCUUGAUAAAGGGGAAGAUUUCCAAGCAAGAGUUGAUACAAACCAUGAGCGAGAUCCUUUUUGCGAAUUUAGACGUAUCAACCCACGUUCUUGGUUGGUUGAUUAUCUUUGUUGCCCAGAAUACCGCGUUACAAGAAGAGCUUCGUAGGGAAAUAACUAAUCAAUCUAGCGAUAUGGUGGAAUUUCUGCGCAAAAAGGACUCUCUACUACACUUUUGUUAUCUAGAAUCUCUACGCCUUCGGCCAUUUACAGUUUUUACUAUUCCCGAAAGUUCUCCAACGGAUAAGGUUGUGGGAGGAUAUAGGAUUCCAAAAAACACAAGUGUUGUUGUGGACACAUUAGCAAUUAAUCAUAAUCCUGAAUUCUGGGGCGAUGAUAGCAGAGAUUUCAACCCGUAUCGCUUCCAGAAUCUAUCAACCAAAGAGCUUCGCUAUAAUCUGUUUACCUUUGGAUUCGGGUCACGGAAGUGUCUUGGUCAGCAUUUUGCCGACGUUAUGAUAAAGCAGUUUCUCUGUAAGCUGCUAGAAGGUUAUAAAUUAACGUUACCAGAAAUGGAGAUCCGAAAAGGAACGGAGGAGAAGUCUAGUAUGGAUACAUGGGUGCCUAUUUCAGAUUUACAAGUCGCUCUGUGUCCAAUUGAUUCACUGUUAUGA